UGUAUUGGCGGCGUACGGCGUAGUAGUUGUUUAUUGAUGGUGGUGGUUAAUUUUGAUGAUAAUGGUUAUUGUUCUUUGUAAAUAAACUGAUAUUUGCUUUUCAAAACUGAGUUUUUCUGUGUAAUUGUGAGACAUUAAAUAUAAAGAUAGUGCAGUAUUUUUAUCUGUGUCGAAUUCUCUCCGUCUUCUAUUUUUAGUAUGGAUUAAUAAAAAUAUUGGUACAAAACAAAGGCAAAAUGCCGAAACCAAAUAAGAACGAAAAAUCUCGAGAAUUGGAUGACGAUUAUGAAGUUGUAUCGUUUGAAGAGUUUUGUGAUAAGCCAUCCAAUGCGAAAACCGAUCUGUUGUCUUUAAAUGAUAAUAUCAACUAUCGAAUAUAUUACGAGAGUCUCAAAUUGCCAAAAGAUGGAAGCAGUUCAAACAUCGAAGAAGCAUUCGAUCGAGAGGCAGAGGGACAAAAAGAAACCUCACUCAAUGGGCCUAAAGGAGGUGUUUACACCAAGUUACCUUUUGCGCCGUUCGGUAAGGGCAACGCAAAAUCUCGUGCGCCUCUAUUCAGUGGUAUAAUUCCGAGACCAAGGAGCGAUGGAGAUACUUCGAGGGAACCAAGGUACCAGCGUUUCUCACAGCGGCGUACAACAUUGCAACGCGCCUGGGAACAGCUGAAGAACAUCUGCCCCGGGAUGUUGGGUGUUGGGCUAAUGUGCGUGCUCUGCGUCGCAGUGUGGCUAGUUGUUGGGGGGACUUUAGGUGGUGCCUGGACUGAGGAUAAAUACAGAAAAUUGUGGCAGCGAGUCCACCCUGAAAACACUGAGAGACCUAUGACAUACUAUGAAAUGGUUGUACCAGAAGUUCAUUACCAUGAUCACAACAACUUGAGCACAAAGAACAAGUUCAAUGGUUCCGAAGGUUCUAGAAAGACUCCCUUAGAUGAUGAGAAGUACCAACGUCUCAUGCGGCCCAUGCCAAUACAAGUACCCACUGAGGCACCGGAGACUCCCAAGUACUUGGAGAGAACGCCAGAGAUUCUGCGGAACAUGUGCUCAAAUGUGACAGAUAAUAUGCGCUUCGAUUGUUACCCUCAGACGGGUGCGAACGAAGAGGCUUGUUUGAAAAGAGGUUGUUGUUGGAGGUCAACUAAUAUACAAGGCGCGCCAUACUGUUUUUAUCCGCCUAACUACGACACAUAUAAGUUCUACAACAUGACGGAGAAUAAACGCGGUGUGACCGCGUACUACGCGCUCAAUCGCCCCUCCGGCUACCCGGGUGAUUUCCGUAUGGUCCGUGUUGAUAUCAUGUUUGUAACUGGCGAUAUUAUCAAUGCUAAGAUAUCUGAUGCAGAAAAUCCAAGGUUUGAAGCCCAGUAUCCGGAGAUCCCUAUGGUGUAUGGUUCAAUCAAGACAAUGAAAUACAAAAUGGUACUAGAGAGUUCAAGUAUUGGAUUCAAAGUUGUCCGACUCUCUGAUAAUGUCACUGUAUUUAAUACUCAAAGUGUAGGUGGAUUGAUAUUAUCGGAUAAGUUCCUGCAGGUUUCUUCCCUACUGCCAACCAAUCAGAUAUACGGUCUGGGAGAGAGACGGGCCAGGUUCAGAACUGAAUUGAACGAGUGGAAAACAUUCACUAUGUUUAACUCUGAUCAGGCUCCGGUUGAAAAUACGAACUUAUACGGAACACAGCCUUUCUACUUGGCGUUGGAACCAGACGGCAAGGCACAUGGCACGCUAUUGUUAAAUUCACAUGCUAUAGAUGUGGUGUUGCAGCCAACUCCAGCUAUAACGUACCGUACAAUUGGUGGUUUAUUCAAUUUCUACAUGUUCCUGGGUCCAUCACCCAGUGACGUGGUGUCUCAGCUCACUGAGAUCAUCGGGAAGCCGUUCAUGCCGCCAUACUGGGCGCUGGGCUUCCAUCUCUGCAAAUAUAACUACGGCAGUCUGCAAGUUACCAGAGAUGUUUGGAAGAGUAAUAGAGAUGCUGGAAUCCCAUUGGACGUGCAGUGGAAUGACUUGGAUUAUAUGAAGAACGGAAACGACUUUACAUAUGAUGAUGUCAAGUUCAAAGGUCUGCCGGAGUUUGUGAAGGAGUUGCAUGACGCUGGGAUGCAUUAUAUGGUGUUGAUUGAUCCCGGCGUGAGCGCUGCAGAGAACCCGGGGACUUACCCGCCUUUUGAUAAAGGCCUAGAAAUGAACAUUUUUAUUAAGAACUCUACAGGACAACCUUUUGUUGGAAAGGUAUGGAACAAAGUGUCAACAGUAUGGCCUGACUUUACUCACCCCAAUGCCACCAUGUACUGGACUCAAAUGAUGUCAAACUUUCACAAGAAAAUACAGUACGAUGGCGCUUGGAUCGAUAUGAACGAGCCAUCAAACUUUGUAUCCGGUUCUCUAUUUGGUGAAUGCGAGCCUGAAGAUUUACCUUACACUCCGUACUACCUCACCAACGGUUUAAAACACAAGACCCUCUGUAUGGACGCCCAUCAUUACGCCGGCAAACAUUACCAGUGGCACAAUCUCUACGGACUCACUGAAGCUAUCUCCACACAUUUUGCGUUAGUCGAGAUCCGAGGCAGUCGUCCGUUUAUAAUAUCGCGGGCAUCUUUCCCCGGACUGGGGCGGUAUGCGGGACACUGGAGUGGAGAUGUUGACAGCAGCUGGCAUGACUUUAGGAUGAGUAUACCAGAGUUGCUAAGCUUCAGUCUGUUUGGUAUACCUAUGAUGGGUGCGGAUAUUUGCGGCUUCCGCGGCAAUACUACGGUGGAGUUAUGCAAGAGAUGGAUGCAGCUUGGUGCUUUCUAUCCGUUCUCUAGAAAUCAUAACUCUGAUUCUUCUAUGCCACAAGAUCCGGUGAGUUUAGGUGCGGAGGUGGUGUCCGCGUCUCGUACAGCGCUGCGCACGCGCUACUCUCUGCUGCCGUAUUACUACACGUUGUUCUGGCGCGCACAUCUACACGGGGAAUUAGUUGCAAGGCCGCUGUACUUUGAUGAUCCAAGUGAUACCACCACACAUGAGAUAGACACUCAGCUCCUGAUCGGUCCGUACCUACUGAUAUCACCAAUACUAUAUGCCGGUACGAACUCUGCGCGUGCGUACUUCCCCGCCGGCAUCUGGUACAGCCUUGAUGGUACACUGAUCACAUCCGGCUGGAGGAAUGUCACUGAACAACAGAUGCUUGCUGUCAAGGGUGGUGGCAUCCUGCCCCUACAAGAGCCGCCCGAGGGCGUGGUGUCAACACGCGAGUGUCGCACGCGCCCGCUGCACCUGGUGGCCGCGCCCGACGCCGCAGCACAGGCCCGCGCCAUGCUCUACUGGGACGACGGACUGGGACUGCAGACGUAUGAUGAAAGUAAAUAUAGCUUAGUACAUUUCAUUCUGGACAAACAAGAGUUCCGAAGUGAACUACAAUGGUGGGCAUACGGUAUGCCAACAGUCAACAAAAUAACCAUCUUCGGACAAAAGGUGCCAAUCAAGAAUGUCACAGUCAACCAAAAACCCUGCAAGAAACCCGUCUGCGAUUUCUCUUAUUCAAGUAACUCUCAAAUAUUUGGUUGUGAGACAUGUGGAUCCAAAGAUUGUUCCCGCCAUAAUCCAGACGUAGCUCCAGAGCCAUGGAGUGGGCUACUUAUUCAUAAACAAUUGGACCAAGCCAUUGAAGAUUUCUACAAUGCUAUAUUAGACCAAUUUAUAAACACAUGGUACAGUAAGAUAACUCUACAGCCAUUUUUUAUUGAUGAGUUGAGACUACAACUGAGAUAUGCGUCUGCUAGUUUGUUGAAAAGAGCUCUGAAGAUAGACUAUGGGCGUCUUAUUACGGAGCGAUUAGUGCCAUGCGCACUACGUCACUAUGCGGUGGUAUCCAGUGGGGCGAAACCCGCACUCCAUGUGGCAGCAUGCAACCGCGCCGCUGAGAUGAAGUACUUACGAUCCUUGACUGAAGUCUUGCUUCCAUUGGUACUGCAGCCCAAUGAGACGAAUAGCUCUGUGUUCCGAGUGCUGGUUCGUGAAGUAUUCGCAGGCUGGGUGUUGUUAUCUCUAACAGAUGUAUUAGCUGACCCAUACAUAUUGAAUGCACUUAUCAUAUUGGCAACUAGUGAUGAGAAAAUGUCAGAAUUACCAACCACGCCUAACUAUAAAGUGGAAUUCCUCGAGACAUUCACCCGGCAGACUGAGUGUGUUUACAGUGCACGCUGUAAACUGCUGCAAUUGGAUGUAGAGACGGUGUUAUCGCAACAGGAGCAGCUGUACGCGUUCAUGCAACACCUCAAGUCCUCCGGACACCUGCAGCUGCUACAGUUCUACAAGGACAUUAAACUAUUCCAAACCACACUGCUGAACCCGGAGCUGAGUAGUGUAGAGCGUGAGGCGCUGGCGGGGUCUGCGCGUGCGCUGGCGGCACAGUGCGCCCGCCUGCGACUGCCGCAACACAUGCUGCGAGACCUGCGACAUGACCUUGACUCUGCUGAUGUCCACAAGCUACAGACAAGUCGCGCACUGUACCAGGCGGCGCGACAGUCUCACGCUGCAUUAGAAAAGGUCUUGCUUCCCCGCUACCUGCACAGUGAAGAGUUUUACAAACUGUUGAUUGGUUCCCGAGUUCCUACGGGAUAUCAAAAACAAAUGGCUAAAAGACAACAAGAUAAACUAUUCAACGCCGCUAUGAAGUUGGGCAGUCGUUUGAAAGGCGCGCUAAGGUCACAGGCGAUAGAUGGCCAAGUAUUGGACUGUUGCAACUCCGAGCUGGAGGACGAGGGCAUGGAGAACCUGGACAUCCUCAAGUACCUGGACUCUAUCGCGGCUGAAGACAGCAUGGAACAGGAUCUGGCCAACUUUAAAGUUGUUCUCACCAAUGUGGAGACGCAACUUCAAGCCCCGCCCCGGCGCGGCACGGUGCGUGUGUUCACGCUGGCGGUGCACCGGGCGGGGGGUGCGGUGGGCGCGGCGGGUGCAGGGGGCGCGGUGGGUGCGGGGGGCGCGGCGCUGUGGGGGGCGCGGCGCACGGAGCACGACUUCCACCUGCUGCGCGCCAAGCUGCAAGAGUUCCAUGGCGACGCACUGCACGAUCUCGCCUUGCCUUCGCGACGAGACAACAGUCCAUUAGAGACACUGCGAUACAAAUACGAAGACUUUCUCCAAAGGUUGCUACAGAAGCCGUUACUCCAGACCAGCGAGUUACUGUACCUGUUCCUGACAGUGGAUGGUGACUUCUCCCUGGUGGUGCAGGCGUCAACCCUGAACGCUAACAGUACAGACCUGGGCAACAUCUACCACUCAGUGGCGCAUAAAUUAAGGAAGGAAAAAGGACAACAUUUGGAAAGCUUUCUAAGAAACUUCCUGGUGUCAUCGGACAAGGAACGGUAUCAGGCUCUCAAGCAGGGGGUUCGUGAUGUAGAAGAAGCACUAGAAGCGGACGAGGGGUCGUCGCUGCGGGCGUGGGCAAACUCGGCGGGGGGUGCGGCAGGGGGUGGUAGGGGGGCGCGCGGGCAGGUGUUCGGAGACAACUUCGCGGAGCCGCCCCCCGCGCCCGCCCCCCGGCACAGCACACACCAGACUGCGGUGGUGGGGUUCACGCACUGCUUCAUGUAUUUAUUAGUAAAGGUUGUGAAAGCGCCGAUGUUCCUGUGCGGUAUACUGGGCAGUUUGUUAGCUAUGGCGAGGACGAUACUGGACGAUGCUUUUAACUCAUAUCUCAAUAGAACGCUGUCUACCCUACUUUGUGAGAGGAGGUUGGCGCAUCUUAUACAGUUGGGACAUGGUUUAUUAUUCGGCAAGAAGAGCCUCAGCCCCCGUACGGAGGUGGAGAAGCAGCGGGAGAGUGCGCGUGCGCAGCUGCUGCGCCGAGUGCCCGCGCCGCUCUCCGGCCUGCACGCCGCGCUCAACAACGCAUUCGAUAUUAUACAGAGCCCGCAUCUUAAUAAACAGUUGGUGUACAGUUUAUUGGACCUCUGCGUGUUGGAAUUGUUCCCCGAGCUGCAAGACAAGGGAGUGACGAACAGUUAAAGACUUCCUUAUUCAAGCAUUUGAUAUUUAUUGAACGCUUUUGUAUAUCGCGUAUUAACUAAAUAACUUAAAUGAAUUUCUAUUUUUUGUAAUUAACCUCUUAAAAUAUUGUACGUAAAUAUAAUUAAAUGUAAAUAACAAUAGUUUAUUGAAACUAUUUUUAUAUUAUUAAUUUAGUUAAUAUAUUGUAUUAAUGGCCUUCAAGAAAGGCUGUGUAUUCCUGAAGUGACCAUAAAACGAAUAUUUAUUAUUGCAACGUAAAAUAAAUUAUUUUGAUUACA